CUCUCCAACUCUAGGAUCUCCGUGUGCAGAUCACAUUCUCCCAGACUCCUGAGCCCCGGGUCCAGCCAUGGGCACCUCCAGCAUCUUCCUCUGCAUUCUGUUCCUCGGUGGGGCACUGGGUCUCGCCACUUCCCCUGCCUGGAGACGGCUCCACUGUUACACCUGCAACUUCGCCAAACCCUGCUACCCUGUUCCUACCGAGUGUCAGGAUGAUGAAGUUUGUGGCAUCAGUAUUGGUACCUCAGAGAACAGUGAGGUCAAGGAGCAGAAAGCCUGCCUCCCAAGGACCCAGUGCUCUCUGCAGGGCCAUGCCACCUGCUGGUCACGCUCCUACACUCCUCAGCACCACUGCUGCGAGCAGGACCUGGGCAAUGCGGCCACCACGCCGCAUCGGCCCCCCAGCCUCCUCCUCAUCACCCCGCUCAUCCUUGUGGCCAGCUUCACCUGGGGAGCCCACCUCCUCCACCAGCCUUCAACCCAAGACUCCUCCACUAUCACCGUGGCCCUGGAAACACCUGCACAGACACUUCCAAUCUGCCCAAGAACCUGA